GAUAGGUGGGCGCGGGGGCCCCGCCCCUUUUCCCUUAGGCGGGCGGGCGGCGGCGGCGGCGCCGGGCGAGGCGCGAUCGGCGGUUUUGGGGGCAUUUGGGGCUUUUUAGGGGGUCCCGGUACGCGCCCAAACCCCGCUCGGGUCGGGAUGGCGGCGUUGCCUCCGCGAGAGUUCGCGGCGCAGGUGCUGCCUGGCUGCGUGGUGCCCACGGCGCGCCAGGGCCUGGCCCAGCUCUGGCCGCUGCUGCUGCUCUGCCUCGGGGCGCGGCUGCUGCACCGGCUGCCUCUGCCGCGGGGGGGGAAGCACGCAGGGGCGGCAGCCGGGGGGCUCCUGGCCCUGCACCAUUUCUUCGGGGCACAGGCGCUGUGGGUGGCCUUGCUGAGCGGGCUCUGUGUCCUCACCCUCCUCCUGAGCCGGGCCCGUGCCCAGAGAGGGCUCUGCCUCGCCCUGGCCGCUCUCAGCUAUCUGCUUAUGGGGGAGCUGCACAUGGUGGACACAGUCACCUGGCACAAAAUGCGAGGGGCACAGAUGGUGGUGGCCAUGAAGGCUGUGUCGUUGGGCUUCGACUUGGACCGGGGGGCCGGGGGGGCACGGGGGGAGCCCAGCCCUGCCCAGGUCCUGGGGUACCUCUGCUCUCCCGGCUCCGUCGUCUUCGGGCCCUGGGAGCCCUUCGGGGCCUACCUGAGAUCCGUGGAGGGGCCCCCCCUGAGCGUGGCCUGGGCCAAGAAGGGGCUGCGCAGCCUGGGGCUGGCCCUGCUCUGCCUCCUGGUCAGCACCUGCCUGGCCCCGUUCCUGUUCUCCAGCCUCUUGCCUCUCUAUGGGGCACGGGCCCUGCGCAGGAGCGUUUUUGCCAGGUGGCUCCGUGCCUACGAGAGUGCCCUCUCCUUCCACUUCAGCAACUACUUCGUGGCCUUCCUGUCCGAGGCCACAGCCACGCUGGCUGGGUCCGGCGCGUCCCUGCACCACGACCACCUGCACUGGGACCUGGCGGUGUCCCGGCCCCUGCGGGUGGAGCUGCCACGAUCCAUGGCUGAGGUGGUGACAAACUGGAACCUGCCCAUGUCCCGCUGGCUCCAUACCUACGUGUUCCAGACCGCCCGGCGCUUGGGCACCUUCGCUGCUGUGCUGGGCACCUACGCGGCCAGCGCCCUGCUGCACGGCCUCAGUUUCCACCUGGCCGCUGUGCUGCUGUCCCUGGGCCUCAUCACCUACACCGAGCACGCCCUGAGGCAGCGCUUGGCCGCCAUCUUUGACGCCUGUGUCCUGUCCAAGCGCUGUCCCCCCAGCUGCAGCCACCGCCAUAAGAACGUGAGAUUGGGGCACUGGGGGGGCUCCGUGGAUGGAGACACUGUGGGUGUGGGUGCUGAACGGGGCCCUGGGCGCCCUGGCCCUGUUCCACCUGUCCUACCUGGGCGCCCUGUUCGAUGUGGAGGCUGAGGAUGCUGUGGAGGAGCAGGGCUACGGGAUGGCCUACACGGUGCGCAAGUGGUCAGAGCUGAACUGGGCCAGUCACUGGGUGACGUUGGCUUGCUGGGUGCUGGCCCGACUGCUGCGCUGAAGCUCGGGGAGGGCAUCAGAGAGUCCGGCCACUCCGCCACCUCGGGGGCCGCUCCGCGCCACCGGGAGCGCCUCUCCGCUCUCUUGCCGCCAUUUCCCGGGCGGAAGUGACGCCGCGCGGCCGCUCUGGGACCAAUAAAGCCUCGCCUCGAUGGUUCCUGUCAAUCAUUCCUGGCCGGCCGUGGGAGCUCCGGCGCAUGCGCGGAUGGGUUAACGGGGAAGGGCGCCCCCUGCCGAUAGCGCAGAGCCAACGCUUUGACCAAAAAUGUCUUAAUUUACAUGAAAAGCACGGCGCGGGGCCAUAUGGGCCUUAUAGGGACCCGGGUGCUAGCGGUCCCUAUAGCCCCCGAGAGGGGGGAAGUGUCCAUAUGGCUGCUACAGAGACUGAGGGGUCCAUAUAGUCCCUACAGAACCCCAGGUGGGGCACAUGGCCCCUAUAAAGCCUGCAGGGGGGAAGGGGAGGGUCCACACGUAUUCUAUAGGGCCCUGGAGGGCUCCAGACUGUCCCUAUAGCGCCCGGGGGGGGGGGGGGUGUGUCACUCGGUGCUGUCAGGUGCCCUUGUCCUUGUCGGGAGACCUGCAAGAGAGAGAGACCCCAGGGCUGAGGGCGGCCAGGGGGCCCUGUGGAUCCUCUAUGGCCCUGGGGGAGUUCCAGAUGGAUUCUAUAGGGGCUAGGGAGAGCACUGGUGGGUCCUGUAUGGCCCUGGGUGCCUCCUGUGGCAUCUGGAAAAGGUCCCUACAGAUCCUAUAUGGCCUUGGGGGAUGCCCUAUGGGUUCUAUAGGGCCCUGGGCAGUUGCUAUGGAUUCUAUAUGGCUGGGGGGAUGGUGUCCCUAUGAAUUCUGUAUGGCGUUGAAUGGUCCCCUAUGGAUCCUAUAGGACCCACAGGGGUCCCCAUAGCUCCCCACCCCCCUGUGUUAGUGUGUUAGUACCCCUCCCCCCAGCACAUGCUGUUAACCAAAACCAUCUUUAUUAGCCCCAAA